UAGGCUUUUGAAUUGUAAACAACUCUUCUAGAUCUACUACACGUGGGUCGAAAACAAGUAGCUUAGUGAAUUCUUAUGUAUGGCACCAAACAAAGAUGGCAGUGCUUAUCUUGAGCUAGAUGAUGGAACAAUUUAUUACGGAAUACCAUUUGGAGCUGCCAAAAAUGUACCAGGAGAAGUUGUGUUUCAGACAGGAAUGGUGGGAUACCCUGAGUCCCUUACAGAUCCCUCUUACCACAGGCAAAUUUUAAUCCUGACAUAUCCCCUGAUUGGUAAUUAUGGAGUCGCAGGUGAUGAGACAGAUGUAUAUGGACUCCCUCAAUGGUUUGAGUCUGAUAGAAUCCAUGCUGCAGCGCUAGUUAUUGGGGAUUUGUCUGAGCAUUACAGCCAUUGGGGAGCCAAAAAAUCACUUGAUCAGUGGAUGAAAGAACAGAAUGUCCCUGGAAUUUAUGGAAUUGACACAAGGGCUCUCACCAAAAAAAUUAGAGAGAAGGGCACUAUGCUUGGAAAGUUGAUUGUUAAAGAGACUGAUGAUGCCAUUGACUUUAUUGAUCCAGACAAAUUCAACUUGGUGUCAGAAGUUUCUACAAAGACCAUCAAAACUUACAAUAAAGAAGGAGAAGUUAAAAUUGUGGCAAUAGACUGUGGCUUGAAAUACAACCAGAUACGCUGCUUAUGUAAGGGUGGGGCAUCUGUGACUGUUGUACCAUGGAAUGCACAGUUCAAUAUUGAAGAUUAUGAUGGUGUGUUUGUCAGCAAUGGCCCAGGUGAUCCAGUGAUGUGUGAUGCUACGAUCAAAACUAUAAGUGCAAUAGUAAAUGACCCCAUAAACAAACCAUUUUUUGGUAUAUGUCUUGGCCAUCAGCUUCUUUCUUUGGCCAUUGGGGCCAAAACCAAGAAAAUGAAAUAUGGUAACAGAGGACAUAACCAACCCUGCAUAUAUGAAAACAGCAUACGAUGCUACAUAACCAGCCAAAACCAUGGCUUCACUGUAGAUGAGAAGACUCUACCCGAAGGAUGGAGCCCACUUUUCACCAAUGCUAAUGAUAAAACCAAUGAAGGUAUCAUUCAUGAUAGCAGGCCCUUCUUUAGUGUCCAGUUCCAUCCAGAAAACAAGGCAGGUCCACAGGACCUUGAAGGGUUAUUCACUGUGUUUUUAGACCAAGUUCGAUCACACAAACAGGGAAAUACAAGCCUAAGCAUCAAAGAGAGGAUGCACAUCCACUUGAGAAGUGAAGGUAUUUCCAUGGUACAGCUGGAUGUGAAACAGCCAAAGAAGGUUCUUAUUCUAGGUUCAGGUGGACUCUCCAUUGGUCAGGCUGGGGAGUUUGACUAUUCAGGAUCACAGGCAAUAAAAGCUUUGAAAGAGGAAAAGAUUGCAACUGUUUUGAUAAAUCCAAAUAUAGCAACUGUUCAGACUUCAAGAGGUCUUGCAGACAAAGUUUACUUCUUACCCAUAACCCCUGAGUAUGUUACACAGGUCAUCAAAUCUGAGCGACCAGAUGGUGUGUUGUUAACCUUUGGUGGACAGAUUGCCUUAAACUGUGGUGUCACACUAACAAAGACUGGCAUCUUUGAUAAAUACAAUGUCAAGGUCCUUGGAACACAGGUGGCAUCCAUAGUUUGGACAGAGGACAGAAAAAUAUUUGCAGACAAAAUGGCUGAAAUCAAUGAGUUCGUUGCACCUAGUGAGGCUGCCUACUCACCUGAACAGGCUGUACAAGCUGCAGAGAGGCUGGGGUAUCCUGUCAUGAUUCGAGCUGCUUUUGCACUCGGAGGUUUAGGCUCAGGAUUUGCUGACAACAGGGAAGAGUUGAGUGUCCUUGUCCAGGCAGCAUUUGCCCACACCUCCCAGGUGCUGGUGGACAAGUCUUUGAAAGGCUGGAAGGAAGUGGAAUAUGAAGUUGUUAGAGAUGCUUAUGACAACUGCAUCACGGUUUGCAACAUGGAAAAUGUGGAUCCACUGGGCAUUCAUACUGGCGAGAGUAUUGUUGUUGCUCCUAGUCAGACCUUAACUGAUGCUGAGUACAAUAUGCUCAGGACAACUGCUAUAAAAGUGAUUAGACACCUUGGCAUUGUUGGAGAGUGCAACAUUCAAUAUGCCUUAAAUCCUUUAUCCCAGCAGUAUUUCAUCAUUGAAGUGAAUGCCAGGCUGUCCAGAUCUUCAGCACUAGCCAGCAAGGCCACUGGCUACCCUCUGGCCUAUGUAGCAGCUAAGCUGUCUCUUGGCAUGCCCCUGCCGAUGUUGAAGAACUCAGUGACAGGAUCAACUACAGCAUGCUUUGAGCCUAGUUUGGAUUACUGUGUUGUAAAGAUUCCUAGGUGGGACUUGAGGAAAUUUUCUAGAGUCUCUACUAAGAUUGGCAGUUCUAUGAAAAGUGUUGGUGAGGUCAUGGCCAUUGGCAGGAACUUUGAGGAAGCUUUUCAGAAAGCAUUGAGGAUGGUUGAUGAGAGUGUCAGGGGUUUUGAUCCAACCACUUACAAAGUCUGUGAAGAUGAACUGAAACACCCGACAGAUAAAAGAAUAUUUGUUCUGGCUGCAGCUCUCAAAGAAAACAUGUCCAUUGAACGUCUGUAUGAACUGACCAAAAUUGAUCCCUGGUUUCUUUACAAAUUUAAAAACAUCAUUAAAAAAUACAAUGAUCUUGAGGCAUACAAAGGAAAGGCCAACAAUCUUCCUCACGAUCUCUUACUCUCUGCCAAGAAGUUGGGAUUUAGUGACCAGCAGAUUGCACAAGUUGUUUCAAGCACAGAGCUAGUAAUUCGAAAGUGCAGAUACGACCAGAACAUCAUUCCAUGGGUUCGACAGAUUGAUACAGUGGCAGCUGAAUGGCCGGCCACCACCAACUACUUGUACCUGACUUACAGUGGAAUAGAACACGACAUUGACUUUCCUGGCAAACACAUCAUGGUGCUGGGAUCAGGAGUUUAUCGUAUUGGCAGCAGCGUUGAAUUUGACUGGUGUGCUGUGAAUUGUAUCAGAACUUUAAGAGAGCUCGGCCACAAAACUAUCAUGGUGAACUACAACCCUGAGACUGUGAGCACAGAUUACGACAUGUGUGACAGGCUCUAUUUUGAUGAGAUCUCAUUUGAGACUGUCAUGGAUAUUUACACCUUGGAAAAUCCUCAUGGAAUAAUCCUAAGUAUGGGUGGUCAGUUGCCUAACAAUAUUGCGAUGGACUUGCAUAGGCAGCAGGCAGUAAUUUUAGGAACCUCACCAGACAGUAUUGACAAUGCAGAGAACAGAUUCAAAUUCUCUAGAAUGUUGGAUAACCUGGACAUAAACCAGCCUCAGUGGAAGGAGCUGUCUACUUACGAAGCUGCAAUGGAUUUCUGUGAUGAGGUUGGCUAUCCAUGUUUGAUCCGACCAUCCUAUGUGCUGAGUGGUGCAGCAAUGAAUGUUGCCAUGCACAAACAUGACCUGGAGACAUUCCUUACCCAGGCUACUGCUGUCUCAAAGGAUUAUCCUGUGGUCAUAUCCAAGUUUAUAUUGGAAGCUAAGGAAAUUGAUGUAGAUGCUGUGGCUAUUGAUGGAGAGGUGGUCUGCAUUGCUGUAUCUGAGCAUGUAGAAAAUGCAGGAGUACAUUCAGGGGAUGCCACACUGGUUACCCCACCUCAAGAUCUCAAUCAGGAGACCUUGGCCAAAAUUAAAGCAAUCUGCUGUGCCAUAGGAAGGGCUCUGGUUGUGACUGGACCUUUCAAUAUUCAGCUUAUUGCCAAAGACAACCACUUAAAAGUAAUAGAGUGUAAUGUCCGGGUCUCAAGGUCAUUCCCUUUUGUCUCAAAAGCUUUGGAUUAUGAUUUUGUUGGCACAGCUACCAGGGUGAUCAUGGGUGAGAGUGUUGAACCAGUUAACGUGACAGCGGGUUGCGGAAAAGUGGCAGUCAAAGUGCCUGUGUUCUCAUUCUCCCGCUUGCAAGGUGCAGAUGUUCUCUUGGGUGUGGAAAUGGCUAGUACAGGAGAAGUUGCAUGCUUUGGAGAAAAUCGUUAUGAUGCAUACCUCAAGGCAAUAUUAAGCACAGGAUUUCAGAUACCAAAAAAGAAUAUUUUAAUUUCAAUUGGAAGUUUCAAGCACAAAAAUGAACUUAUACCUACAAUGAGAACUUUGGAGAAACUUGGUUACCAGCUGUUUGCCAGUAUGGGGACUGCAGACUUCUACAAUGAACACAACUUUAAUAUUAAGGCUGUGGACUGGCCAUAUGAGGAUACCGGUGAGGAUAAUAACAGGUAUGGUGAGCAGAGGACCAUAGCUGAUUACCUCUCUGACCACAUGUUUGACCUGGUCAUUAACCUGCCACUGCGCUAUUCUGGCUGCCACCGUGCAUCUUCAUUCAUAACCCAGGGCUACAAGACACGCAGGAUGGCUGUGGACUAUUCUGUGCCUCUAAUCACAGAUGUCAAAUGUACAAAACUGUUUGUGGAGGCUUUACACCAGUUGAAAGCUCAAGCCCCUGUUAUGAAAACAAAUAUUGACUGUCUUUCAUCUCAAAAAAUUAUCAGAUUGCCAGGGCUCAUUGAUGUACAUGUCCAUGUGAGAGAACCUGGUGCCACCCACAAAGAGGACUGGGCAUCCUGUACUGCUGCAGCACUGGCUGGAGGCAUAACUACAAUAUUAGCCAUGCCCAACACAAACCCUCCAGUCGUGGAUCAGGAUGCUCUCAAGCUCACCUCCAAGCUGGCACGUCAAGGGGCUAGGUGUGAUUAUGGCAUAUUUGCAGGAGCAAGCAGCACCAAUGCCCUGACACUGCCACACUUGAGUGGAAAAGUUGUGGCUCUAAAGAUGUACCUAAACGAGACGUUCACCACUCUCAAACUGGAUGAUGUAACUGUGUGGAUGAAGCACUUUGAAAAUUGGCCAAAAUGUGUUCCAAUCUGUGCCCAUGCUGAAGAAAUGACAACAGCUGCCAUAAUUUUGAUGGCUGAAUUAUUUCAGAGGACCCUACAUAUUUGUCAUGUAGCCCGCAAGUCUGAGAUCCUUGUGAUAAAAGCAGCUAAAGAGCGAGGCCUUCAGAUCACAUGUGAAGUAGCACCCCACCAUCUGUUUUUGACUGCCGACGACCUCACCACCAUUGGUGCAAGCUUUGGUAAAGUCAUGCCACGUCUUGUCAGUAAAGAAGACCAACAGGCACUGUGGGACAAUCUUGAAAUCAUUGAUUGCUUUGCCACAGAUCAUGCCCCUCACACACUUGAAGAGAAAAGCAGUGCUACUGCACCCCCAGGCUACCCAGGGCUGGAGACCAUACUCCCAUUACUCUUGACGGCUGUGAAUGAUGGAAGGUUAACUAUUGAGGAUAUUGUGCUGAGGAUGCACACCAAUCCAAGGCGCAUAUUCAAUUUGCCUGAGCAACCUGACACUUACAUUGAAGUGGACCUUGACCACAAGUGGGUCAUCCCAACUUCAAUGCCCUAUACUAAAUCAAAGUGGACACCAUUUGCUGGGCGACCAGUGAAAGGAAUCGUCAGACGUGUUGUGCUCAGAGGAGAGUUGGCUGUAAUUGAUGGGGAGGUGAUAACAAAUCCUGGACAUGGAACUGAUGUCAAAUCCCUUCCACCACCCAUAACUUUACCCAAAUCCCCCGAGUCAACUCUUGCUCAGCUUAGUGUCCAGAUACCCAGCAGUGCGCCAGUGUCACAAGGUCCGUCAGAACCUCCCAGCCCAAGGAAGGUGAUGCCCCAAUACCACGCUGACAAGACACAUACCCAUCCUCCUCGCACACCCAAGAUAUCUGAAUGCUCUCACUUAGUUGGAGACUCACCUGAACAUGCAUUAACUUAUCGUGAAAAAGCAGGUGAGGCACCUACAGGUGUAGAGAAAAGUUCAGAUGUCCCUAAGGAUCAUCACGCCAUGCACUCUGAUACAACAAGACAGCUGGCCACCCAGGUAGCUGCCUCCAUGCCUGGGAUGUAUCCAGCCUCUCUCCAGCCUGUUGGUCAUCCCCAUUUUACCAAGGGACUAACAGGGCAACAUUGUGAAAGUGUAAUGAUGUUCAACAAAGACCAGCUUUCUGAAAUAUUCAAUCUGGCCCACAAUUACAAAGUGGCAGUAAAUAAAGAUAGACCUUUAGACCAUGUCCUUAAGGGCAAAGUACUGGCAUCCAUUUUCUUUGAAGUCUCCACUAGGACAAGUUGUUCUUUUACUGUAGCCAUGCAGAGACUUGGGGGGACAGUUCUUCAUUUUAAUGAGAUCACAUCCUCUACCAAAAAGGGGGAGACCCUAGAAGAUACUGUAUCCAUGAUGGCUGGGUAUGCUGAUAUUCUAGUGUUGAGACAUCCUAAGAUAGGAGCCAUUCAGACUGCUGCUAAAGUCAGCCGAAAGCCUGUAGUGAAUGCUGGUGAUGGCAUAGGUGAGCACCCAACUCAAGCUCUGCUGGAUGUUUUUACUAUCAGAGAAGAAAUUGGAACAGUCAAUGGGCUAACAAUUACACUUGCUGGUGACUUGAAGAAUGGUCGUACUGUUCACUCAUUGGCUAGGUUGUUGACACUAUACAAAGUCAACCUAAGAUAUGUUGGAGUUCCUGGCCUUGAAAUGCCUAAAGAUAUUCUAGAACUGGUGACUAAACGAGGAAUUAGCCAGAAGUUUUACACAAACCUUGAGGAAGCUUUGCCUGACACUGACGUGCUUUAUAUGACAAGGAUUCAACAAGAAAGAUUUGAUAGCAUUGAAGCUUACAAGGAGGCCUGCAAUAAAUUAGUUUUGACGCCAGAAUUGAUGACAUUAGCCAAGAAGAAGAUGGUGGUCAUGCACCCUCUGCCUCGAGUUUUUGAAAUCAGUCCUAGCAUUGACACUGACCCACGUGCUGCGUACUUCCGUCAGGCUGAAAAUGGAAUGUAUGUUCGUAUGGCACUCAUUGCAUUAAUCCUCGGAAGAUGUUAAAGAAAAACAAUGAUUGUUCUACAGCAAUAUAAACAUUUUUUGUUGUUAUUGUAAAUUUUUUGAACUCGAUAAUACACAAAUAAAAUCUAUUAAAGAUAUUUUUUAAAUAAAAACUUGGACAAUUAUAUUUGUGCACCUCAUUAUAGUUUAAGAUUUACGAUUAUUGUUUUUUGUCCACAUAUCUUUUUUCAGUCAAUUUACCGUUAUUAUUUUUUACUCGAAUAAACUUAAAAUUUGUUUACAUUUGUUAUACCUUUUGAACAAACUGUCUCGGUUUACCUUAACCGUAACAAACUGCAUUUUUAAUGAGUGUGUUUUUAUGUAAUGAUCAUUUUCUUACCCAAAACAAAUACUGCUCUAUCUUAGGUUUAUAUUCAUGUACUGUGCAUAAGAACAAUUUGGGUUGUGUAUUUUUUAAUUCAUAAAAUACCUCUUAGUACAAACACCAUCAUAUAAUAAAUGAUUUAUAAGGAUAAAUAAGAUUGAUUAGUGUAUAUUAUUGAAAGAUUAUACAUUACAAUAAUUAAAUGUGUGCAAAUACUUUCAUAACAGAAUAAAAUACUCAGCAUAAUGCAACUUACACAAAUACAUCAGCUCUUUGUAUUUUCUCCUUUCUCCAAAUUUUCUAAAUGGUACAGCUUUUUGGAGCAAUUUUUAGAUUUCUUUUCUAAUCUUUUUAUUGUCAUUUUUCAUUUACUCAUACUUGUUUUUACCUUUUUUUUCAAUUUCAAUCAAUUUUCUUAAUUAUCUUACCUUCCUUAACAAAUAUUUCUUUUACUGAUUUAUUUUCUCAAAAGAAAGCAAAUGAGAUACUAUUUCAAUCAGGAUGUCACAUGCAAUUUUACAUCUCACCAUUCUCAAUUCAAGAUUUUUUUACAUUUCUUCAUCUUUAAUUUGAUGAUCUCAAUUAUCAUUAAAGGCUGUGUGACAUCCUGAUCUAUAAUGUAUUUUAUUUUUUAAUACAAAUGUUUUCUAUUCGGAAGUGAUAAUAUUGUAUGAUUUCAAUUUAUUGUAAAUGUUAUUCACUAUAAAUUGUGUUCAUCAAAAAAAUGUUCCUAUUUGACCGAUUUACAUAUCAUUUAUGUAGUCUUUUUUUGUUUGGAUUAAAAUGGUUAUUCAAAUAUUAACUCAGGGAUGGAGAGAAUGGAAUGAGGUUUUUGCUGUUGGUGCAGAGCUGUAAUACCAACAGAUUAAUUUCUUCAAAAUGUUGCAUUGGUCAGAAUAAUUGAAUAGGCCUACACAUUUUUUUCUCAUUGUUUUGACAUCAUCCAUACUCCACAAUCAUGUAUUAGAUGCAUUUUCCUUAUGAGAUUAAAUACAAGUCUUUGGAGAAAUAAAAUUUCAAAAAUAAA